AGCCACGCGGUUUUACAGCAGACGAUAGAUGGUUGCGCGUUGGUCGGGUUGGGUAGAUGAAGUUUGUUGUCGGAGUGGUUAUAGUAAUAGUGUCUUAUUAAGGGAAUUAAACAUCGUGUGAUAAAUUUACUCUAUCUGUUUCAAGAAGGAAGAGACUUUCAACGUCUGUUUCUUGAAGAUAAAUCAGCGUGGGGACUCUUUGACGGGGGGCUUGACCUGGCGUCGUCACCAUGACGACGGACAUAUCACUGGUCCGAUGGGACCCAACGUUGCAACAGGAGAUAGUGGAGGACUAUGAAUAUGAUGGGGGCAACUCUUCAUCUCGCCUCUUCGAACGAUCCCGCAUCAAGGCUUUGGCUGACGAACGAGAAAGUGUACAAAAGAAAACGUUCCAGAAAUGGGUAAAUUCUCAUCUCGUACGUGUAUCAUGUAGGAUCAGUGAUCUUUAUGUUGAUCUUCGUGAUGGUAAAAUGCUGCUUAAACUAUUAGAAGUCCUUUCAGGGGAAAGAUUGCCUCGUCCCACAAAAGGUAAGAUGCGUAUUCACUGUCUUGAGAAUGUAGACAAAGCCUUACAGUUCCUGCGGGAACAGAGGGUUCACCUGGAGAACAUGGGUUCACAUGACAUUGUGGAUGGCAAUCCACGUCUGAGCUUGGGACUGAUAUGGACAAUCAUUCUUAGGUUCCAGAUACAAGACAUUACAAUAGAAGAGACAGAUAAUCAAGAGACUAAGUCUGCCAAGGAUGCAUUAUUGCUGUGGUGUCAGAUGAAGACUGCUGGUUACCACAAUGUGAAUGUCCGCAACUUCACCACAUCAUGGCGUGAUGGCUUGGCUUUCAAUGCCAUUAUCCACAAACAUCGCCCUGAUCUAAUACAGUUUGAGAAAUUGUCCAAAUCUAAUGCAAUAUACAACCUGAACAAUGCUUUCAAUGUUGCGGAGGAGAAGCUUGGACUUACGAAGCUUCUUGAUGCAGAAGACAUUUUUGUGGAUCACCCUGAUGAGAAGUCAAUCAUCACAUAUGUUGUAACAUACUACCAUUACUUUAGCAAGAUGAAGCAAGAAACAGUUCAAGGGAAGCGAAUUGGCAAGGUUGUAGGUAUUGCCAUGGAAAAUGACCGUAUGGUGCAGGAAUAUGAGGGUCUGACUUCAGAUCUUCUACGUUGGAUCGAGGCCACCAUCACUGCUCUUCGUGAGCGUGACUUUGCCAAUUCCCUUGCCGGUGUGCAAGCACAACUAACACAGUUCAAUACAUACCGCACAGUUGAAAAACCCCCAAAGUUUGUGGAGAAGGGCAACCUGGAAGUGUUGCUGUUCACGUUGCAGUCUCGAAUGAGAGCUAACAAUCAAAAGCCAUACACACCAAAGGAAGGGAAGAUGAUCUCUGACAUUAAUAAGGCCUGGGAGCGACUUGAAAAAGCAGAGCAUGAAAGGGAGCUUGCCCUGCGUGAGGAGCUGAUCAGACAGGAGAAACUAGAACAGCUGGCAGCUAGGUUCAACCGAAAGGCAAGCAUGCGUGAGACUUGGCUGAGUGAAAACCAGCGUCUUGUUUCUCAGGACAACUUUGGUUUUGAUCUUGCUGCUGUUGAAGCAGCUGCAAAGAAGCAUGAGGCCAUUGAGACUGAUAUCUUUGCAUAUGAAGAACGAGUUCAGGCCGUCGUUGCUGUUUCUCAGGAACUGGAGGCAGAGAACUAUUAUGACAUUGACCGAAUUAAUGCCAGGAAGGACAAUGUGCUGCGUCUGUGGAACUACCUGUUGGAACUUCUCCGUGCGAGGCGCAUGAGGCUGGAGCUGUCACUCCAGUUGCAGCAGAAUUUCCAGGAGAUGCUUUAUAUCCUAGAUUCGAUGGAGGAACUGAAGUUGCGCUUACUAUCAGAUGACUAUGGCAAGCACCUUAUGGGUGUGGAGGAUCUUCUUCAGAAACACUCAUUGGUGGAGGCUGAUAUAAAUGUGCUUGGAGAACGUGUAAAGGCAGUGGUUCAACAAUCACAGCGCUUCCUUGACCAAGAGACAACAGAAGGAUACCGGCCGUGUGACCCUGCCAUAAUUGUGGAGCGUGUACAGCAGCUUGAGGAUGCUUAUGCUGAACUGGUGAAAUUAGCAGUGGAACGCCGAGCACGUUUGGAUGAGAGCCGCAAACUGUGGCAGUUCUACUGGGACAUGGCAGAUGAGGAAAACUGGAUAAAGGAGAAGGAGCAGAUUGUGACCAAUGGGGACAUCGGUCAUGACCUGACUACAAUCAAUCUUCUCCUUUCAAAGCACAAGGCUCUUGAAAACGAGAUAGGCAGUCAUGAGCCACAGCUGAUGUCAGUAGUUGCUGUGGGAGAUGAUCUUGUGCAGCGUCGACACUUUGGUGCUGAUCGCAUCCAGGAACGGCUGCAAGAGAUUCUGAGAAUGUGGCAACAUCUGAUAGAUGCAGCAGCAUAUAGACGUAAGCGAUUAGAAGAGGCCGUGGACUUCCAUCAGUUCUUUGCAGAUGCAGAUGAUGUGGAUAUCUGGAUGUUGGACACAUUGAGGCUAGUGUCAAGCGAGGAUGUAGGUCGUGAUGAAGCAAAUGUGCAAUCUCUUCUCAAGAAACACAAGGAUGUGACAGAUGAACUGAAGAAUUACAACUCUACUAUUGAGACUCUACACAAACAGGCAGAACAGCUUGGAGAACAGGAUAGACAGUCUCCAGAGGUUGUUGAACGUCUUGCAAGUAUUGAUCACCGGUAUAAGGAAUUGCUGGAACUUGCUAAACUUCGUAAGCAGCGGUUGCUCGAUGCACUCUCCUUGUAUAAGUUGCUGAGCGAGUCUGAUGGUGUGGAGCAAUGGAUAGGAGAGAAGGAUCGCAUGCUGCAGACCAUGGUUCCAGCCAAGGAUAUAGAAGAUGUAGAGAUCAUGAAACAUCGUUAUGAUGGCUUUGAGAAGGAAAUGAAUGCCAAUGCAUCACGUGUAGCUGUGGUUAACCAGUUAGCACGACAGCUGCUGCAUGUCGAACACCCCAAUUCUGAGCAGAUUGUGGCUCGGCAAAAUCAGCUGAAUCAUAAGUGGGCAGAACUUCGGGAGAAGGCAGAAGCUAAACGUGAUGAAUUGAAUUCUGCCCAUGGAGUGCAAUCAUUCCACAUUGAGUGCCGUGAGACAUUGUCGUGGAUAGAAGACAAAAAGAGAAUCUUGCAGUCCACAGACAGCCUUGAAAUGGACCUUACAGGCAUCAUGACACUGCAGCGUCGACUGUCAGGAAUGGAGCGUGAUCUGGCAGCCAUUCAAGCAAAACUGGAUUCUCUAGAACAAGAGGCUGAUUCUAUUGGUACAGAACACCCAGAAGAGGCAGCCAUUAUUCGUGAUAGAAUCACACAGAUCCAGCAGAUAUGGGAACAGCUCACACAAAUGCUGAAAGAGCGUGACUCAAAAUUAGAAGAGGCAGGUGACCUUCAUCGGUUCCUGCGAGAUCUGGACCACUUCCAGGCAUGGCUGACCAAGACUCAGACAGAUGUAGCGUCAGAAGACACUCCUGCAUCACUGGCUGAGGCAGAGAAAUUAUUGAAUCAGCAUCAGAGCAUCCGAGAAGAGAUAGACAACUACACAGAUGACUAUUCAAAAAUGAUGGAGUAUGGAGAACGGAUCACUGCUGAACCUUCAACGCAAGAUGAUCCUCAGUACAUGUUCCUGCGGGAACGAUUGAAGGCCCUAAAGGAUGGCUGGGAAGAGCUACACCAGAUGUGGGAGAACAGACAACAGUUACUGUCUCAGUCGUUGAAUCUGCAAAUGUUCAACCGUGAUGCUAAACAGGCAGAGGUGUUGCUGUCACAACAAGAGCACAUUCUCAGUAAGGACGAGACACCAAUAAACCUGGAACAGGCAGAAAACCUGAUCAAGCGGCAUGAGGCUUUCCUGACAACCAUGGAGGCCAAUGAUGACAAGAUCAACAAUGUUGUGCAGUUUGCUGGUCGUCUGUGCGAUGAGGGUCACUUUGCAGCUGAUAAAGUUCACAAAAAGGCAGAAAAUAUUAAUGAGAGGCGCAAUGCUAAUCGUGACCGUGCACUUCAGCAGAUGGAGAUACUCAAAGACCAGUUGCAGCUUCACCAGUUCCUACAGGAUUGCGAGGAACUGAGUGAAUGGGUGCAAGAGAAGAAUAUUACAGCACAAGAUGAGACAUAUCGCAGUGCAAAAACUGUGCACAGCAAGUGGACUCGACACCAAGCCUUUGAGGCAGAGAUAGCAUCCAAUAAGGACAGGCUUUUCCAUAUCCAGCAGGCUGCAAAAGAGCUGGUUAAAGAGAAACCAGAACUGGCAGAACUGAUUGAGCCAAGAAUUUCUGAACUGGGUCAGCAAUUUGAUGACCUGGAACAGGCUACUAAGGAUAAGGGAGAAAGGCUUUUUGAUGCGAAUCGUGAAGUGUUGCUUCAUCAGACAUGUGAUGACAUAGACACAUGGAUGAAUGAUCUGGAGAAGCAAAUUGAGUCAGAGGACACUGGUACUGAUCUGGCCUCUGUUAAUAUCCUCAUGCAGAAACAACAGAUGAUUGAGACCCAGAUGGCUGUGAAGGCGAAACAGGUGUCUGAGUUAGAGACACAGGCUGAGUACUUGCAGCGAACUGCUCCAGAGAAAAUGGAUGAAAUCCAGGUGAAGAAGUCCCAGGUAGAAAUACGAUUUGAGCAGCUGAAGGCUCCUCUGCUGGACAGACAAAGACAACUUGAAAAGAAGAAGGAGGCAUUCCAGUUCCGACGUGAUGUAGAGGAUGAGAAGCUAUGGAUAGCAGAGAAAAUGCCACAGGCCACUUCAACUGAGUAUGGUAACAGUCUUUUCAAUGUUCACAUGCUCAAGAAGAAGAACCAGUCACUACGCACAGAGAUUGACAAUCACGAACCUAGGAUACAUUUGGUUUGUAACAAUGGGCAGAAAUUAAUAGAUGAGGGCCAUGAGGAUGCACCAGAAUUUACGCAUCUAAUUGAGGACUUACUGGCCAAAUGGCAGAAGCUGAAAGAUGCAGUGGAGAAUCGACGAAACAAACUGUUGCAGUCGGAGAAGGCACAGCAGUAUUUCUUCGAUGCAAGUGAAGCAGAAUCGUGGAUGAGUGAGCAGGAAUUGUACAUGAUGGUGGAAGAUCGUGGCAAGGAUGAAAUCUCAGCACAGAAUUUGAUGAAGAAGCAUGAGACCCUGGAAUUGGCUGUAGAAGAUUAUGCAGACACGAUAAGGCAGUUGGGUGAAACUGCAAGGCAGUUAACCAGUGAGCAGCAUCCAGACAGUGACCAGAUAGCUGUUAAGCAGUCACAAGUGGACAAACUCUAUGCUGGGUUGAAGGAUCUGGCAGGUGAGAGGAGAGCCAAGCUUGAUGAAGCCCUCCAGUUAUUCAUGUUAAACCGAGAAGUUGACGACCUAGAACAGUGGAUAGCAGAGCGUGAGGUUGUGGCUGGCUCACAUGAACUGGGACAAGAUUAUGAUCAUGUUACGUUACUAUGGGAGAGGUUCAAGGAAUUUGCACGGGACACUGAGGCCAUUGGCAGCGAGCGUGUGGCUGCUGUUAAUGGAAUUGCUGAUCAGCUUAUCAGUGCAGGUCACUCUGAUUCUGCCACAAUUGCAGAGUGGAAGGAUGGGCUUAAUGAGGCCUGGCAAGAUCUGCUUGAACUCAUUGAAACAAGAACGCAGAUGCUAGCUGCAUCACGUGAAUUGCACAAGUUCUUCCAUGACUGCAAGGAUGUUCUGGGCCGUAUUUUGGAGAAGCAGCACUCCAUGUCCGAUGAGCUGGGCCGUGAUGCUGGUUCAGUUUCAGCUCUGCAGCGUAAACACCAAAACUUCCUUCAGGAUCUGCUGACUCUCCAGUCACAGGUGCACCAAAUUCAGGAAGAAUCUGCCAAGCUGCAGGCUUCAUAUGCUGGUGACAAGGCUAAGGAGAUCACAAAUCGUGAAGCAGAGGUUGUAACAGCAUGGGCAAAUCUGCAGGCCAUGUGUGAUGGGCGGCGGCAGAAGCUAGCUGACACGGGUGAUUUGUUCAAGUUCUUCAACAUGGUGCGCACCCUGAUGCUCUGGAUGGACGAUGUAGUGAGGCAGAUGAACACAUCUGAGAAACCAAGGGAUGUGAGUGGGGUGGAGUUGCUGAUGAAUAAUCACCAGAGUUUGAAAGCAGAAAUUGAUGCCCGGGAAGAUAACUUCACUGCCUGCAUAUCACUUGGAAAGGAGCUACUGUCACGCAAUCAUUAUGCUUCCAAUGAAAUCAGGGAGAAACUUGUUUCUCUGACAAAUCAACGCAAUUCACUUCUGCACCGCUGGGAAGAACGCUGGGAGAACUUGCAACUUAUCCUGGAGGUGUAUCAGUUUGCUCGUGAUGCUGCUGUGGCUGAAGCAUGGCUUAUUGCACAGGAACCAUACCUCAUGAGUCAGGAACUUGGACAUACAAUUGAUGAGGUUGAGAACCUCAUUAAGAAGCAUGAAGCUUUUGAAAAGUCAGCAGCAGCUCAGGAAGAGAGGUUUGGAGCAUUAGAGCGGCUCACAACACAUGAGAAGCUUUUCACUUCUGUUUCUACUCUUGGUUCUGGUGAUGGAGCAGGACUGGUGAUGCUGUAUCCUGUGGCACCCCUGCAUGAUGGUGGAGUGCACUCAGAUUCACCAACCAUAGAAUUUUGUCAGCCUGUCACAUGUCAAAAAAUCUCAGCCCCAGUAAAACAUCGGAAGCACUGCCACAGACCUGUAGAAAAUAUAAUAAGAGCAAUUCUGUUAGACAGUACAAGGUUUUACAAUCCAAACAGGAGGCGACAUAGACGAGAGCAUACAUCUACAGGAACUAAGCUAAUAUAUCUUAAUGUUGGGAGACCCAGACAGAGGAAGCGGAUGCGAUCAUUUCUUUGGGACUCAGACUGGCGACAUGAACCUGGAAGUCCUGAUGCAGAGUCAUGCGUGUUUGAAACCAGUUCUCAUUCAGUAUUGCCUUCGAGUCUAGAAGAACAAAUAAUAUCAAAACAUUAUGAAAACUCUGAAAAUUCCAGAUUUACUCCUAGAUCAGAAGUUUGUCUCCUCAAUUCCAUACAGUCACCACUUACAUUGCCAAUUGAAUGUGACCUUACAUCCUUCCAUUCUUCACAAUCUAGCCUCCAACACAGCCAUUGUUCCACAUUACCACGUUUUGAUGAGGGUGAAAAUGAACCUACUAAAUUCACUAUGGAAUCUCCAAAAUCACUGCAGAUAUACCAGACUAAUUUGUCAAAUCCUGAUAACAAUACAGAAUAUUCACAAGAUUCAUUGGAUUCCAAAAGACUGAAAUGGAGCAGGGAUCAGAGGGAUAGGCAAUCAAGUGGUAGUUCAUCCAAUUCAAGUGAUAGCAGUUCCCCUUUUGUACUUACACGUCAGUUCGAGUUGAAAGAACUGAAACGAAGAGAAGAGGAAGAAGAGCGGAAACGUCAGGAAGAACUGGCUGCCAAACAGACGCCCCCACCCAGCUCCCCAGAGGAUCAGCCAAGUGAAAGGAUUGAUGGCGAGGCAUCACCAGAGACAGAACAGGUACAGCUGAAUGGUGAAAAGGAGGCAGAAACACGAGAAGCCACUCGCAAACCUUCCACCAAGGCAGUGACGCCGUCGGACCGGCCCGCUGCCCGGGAAGUGCAUGUGCCCAGUCUCAGCUUGCCAGUUGCUGAAGACUCUGCAAACACACAGCCAGUUGAGGGAGUUCGAGAGCGCUCAACCUCGCAUCUGAGCUCACCAGGAAGCCAGACACCAUCUUCCUCAGCAGCAUCCACUCCCCGACUUAGUACUAAGGAGUCAGGAUCGGCUUCUCUGGAUCGCAAGAAGGACCGUUCUCGCUCCAAGUCUCCAUUCCGGAGCUUUCGUUGGAAGAAGGGAUCUAAAAGCCCAACUGCAGGUGCUGGGGCACAUAGUGAUGAUGAAGCAAAUUUGGAACGGGCUGCAGAACGGCCAAGCCCCGGUGCAGAAGAGGAUCAACAUGAAGGCCUUUUGACUCGAAAGCAUGAGUGGGAGUCAACCACAAAGAAGGCAUCAAAUAGGUCAUGGGACAAGCUGUACGUGGUGUUAAGGGGUAAUUUACUCAUAUUCUACAAAGACCAGAAGAGUUACAAGGCUGCCCCUGAGGUCUACUUCAAAGGGGAGAGUCCUGUGGAUCUACGUGGUGGGUCCACCAAGGUAGCUGAUGACUACACAAAGAAGAAACAUGUCUUCAGAAUCAAGCUGGCAAAUGGGGCAGAGUACCUUUUCCAGGCACGUGAUGAUGCAGAGAUGAAUGACUGGGUGCAACGUAUAAGUGUACAGUGUGACCUCCAGGGGUCAGCAGGCCCUUCACGUUCGCAGACACUCCCAGCUUCUGGUGACCGUAAGGAUGAACCAAAGCGUAGGAGCUUCUUCACACUGAAGAAAAAUUAAACGCCAGAAGGAAGUAAGAGCAAGCCGUACAGACACGCGGUGAAUCCUACCAGUCAAGUUGCGUUCCUUCUCCCUCCAGUUUUUUUUUUUUGUCCUCAGUUUCUUGAGUUUUUUUAUAAUCCUUCAAUAAUUAAGUAUGUAUAUUUGCAGCCAUAAUUUUUACUGCCAACUUGAAGUUUGAAAAUCUGUAGAAAUGUUCAACAAAAUUUCAAACAGCAAAGUCUAGAUGCACACAUGUUAUGCUACCCUCACUAUUGCCAAUAUAAAUACUUUUUUUGUAACGGACUGAUGAUUUUAGUCGGGAAUGGUUGUCUUGUCGUGAGAAUGAAUGGAACUUGAUGGAGCUGUAACUGUGUCCUUCCCCUGUGUAGUAGUAGCUGUGAACAUUUUCCUUUUGUUACCGAGGGUAACUACUGCCAUGAAGGAAAUUUCACAGGACGGAAGAUCUAUAUGAUGGGAACUUCAUAAUUUGUUUUUGCCUCUCCGUUAUAAGCAGCCUUUUAUUAAAGAUUAGAACAAAUUGAUAAGAAGUUAUUCACAAUUUAAGGAAUGAUAUUCUGUUAAAGAGUUUUUUAAUAUUUUGUACAUAUGUUCAUUUUAUAUGUGGGUUUAUAAUUUCCAUCAUGUAGGUUGCUGUUUUACGUGUUGUGUCAAGAUUUUGUUGUUUAUGUAAUGAUAGUUUGAUCUUGAAGAUUCAAGCUUUGUUGGGUGUCACAUUCUUCAUACCAUAAGUAACACGAUCGUAUGGCCAGACUGCUGUUGCAUCGCUGCUUUGUAAAUGUUUCAGAAAGUGAUUCGUCCAAUCUUUUUAGGAUCAUUUAUCAUUGAUGAUGUUGCAGAUUUCUGUAUUUUUAAGCAUCUUAAAAGUGAGGGAUGAAUUUUACGAGUUGUUUAUUAUGAAUAGUAGAGCAAGUCAUGUUAAACAGCUUUAGUUUAGUGUUAAAAUACAAGCAUUCAAGUGAAAUAUAGAAUUAUACUAAUUAUUAUAAAAGUACAGAAAAGAACACCAAUGAAAGCUUGAUAAAAUUAUACCUAUAUCUACUGAGAAACAUAAGAACACUUUAAAUAUUUCAUGUAUUUUUAAUUUUACAGUUUCACGUUACGGGGAUUUAUCUCGGAGUUCUUCGAUUACGGCCCACUUUUCUUUCGCUGUAUCUACAGUUUUAUUUGCUUAUGCCUGCCUCGCCCUUUCUUGAAACUGCCCACCAACUGAACCUCACCUGUGGUCUAGAGAUUGUUAUGGAUAAGGCUGUUAGUGGGAAUUGUAUCUUGUGCUUUGAAUAAUAAAAACAGUAUAAAGAUGGA